GGCAGACUGAUUACAACAGCAAGAGGUUCAUAUUUUGGAGUAAAAAGACGAGACAGUGCUGGUUCUUCAACAUUGACUUCAAUUCCUGAGGGUGAUGUCCCAGCAUGGGAUAAUUGGGCAGAAUCCAGCUUCUCUUCGAGUGAAACCUCAGACCAAAACUUUACUGACGACUCAACAUCUGUUUUGACCACCACUACUACA